UGUUGCCUAUCACCACUUACGCUUCUGUAGACAAGUCUUGUGGGUACUCCUCGCCAUGGCUCAGCUCCAGACACGCUUCUUCACUGACAACAAGAAAUACGCGGUAGAUGAUGUUCCCUUCUCAAUUCCUGCAGCCUCUGAAAUUGCUGACCUUAGUAACAUCAUCAAUAAAUUGCUGGAGGCCAAAAAUGAGUUCCACAAGCAUGUGGAGUUCGAUUUCCUUAUCAAGGGUCAGUUUCUGCGAAUGCCCUUGCUCAAACACAUGGAACUGGAAAACAUCUCCUCAGAAGAGGUCGUGGAACUGGAAUAUGUGGAGAAGUACACUGCUCCUCAGCCAGAGCAAUGCAUGUUCCAUGAUGACUGGAUCAGUUCCGUCCAAGGGGCAGAGGAAUGGAUCUUGACUGGUUCUUAUGAUAAGACUUCUCGGAUCUGGUCCUUGGAAGGAAAGUCAAUAAUGACAAUUGUGGGACAUACAGAUGUUGUAAAAGAUAUGGCCUGGGUGAAAAAAGACAGUUUGUCUUGCCUACUACUGAGUGCCUCUAUGGAUCAGACGAUUCUCUUAUGGGAGUGGAAUGUGGAGAGAAACAAGGUGAAAGCCGUGCACUACUGCAGAGGUCAUGCCGGAAGUGUGGAUUCUAUAGCUGUUGAUAGCACGGGAACCAAAUUUUGCAGUGGCUCCUGGGAUAAGAUGCUAAAGAUCUGGUCUAUAGUUCCUACAGAUGAAGAAGAUGAAAUGGAGGAAUCCACAAAUCGACCAAGAAAGAAACAGAAAACAGAGCAGUUGGGACUAACGAGGACUCCCAUAGUGACCCUCUCUGGCCAUAAGGAAGCAAUUUCUUCAGUUCUGUGGUCAGAUGCUGAAGAAAUCUGCAGUGCAUCUUGGGACCACACAAUUAGGGUGUGGGAUGUAGAGUCUGGCAGUCUUAAGUCAACUUUGACAGGAAAUAAAGUGUUUAAUUGUAUAUCCUAUUCUCCACUUUGUAAACGUUUAGCAUCUGGAAGCACAGAUAGGCAUAUCAGACUGUGGGAUCCUCCAACUAAAGAUGGUUCUUUGGUGUCGCUGUCCCUAACCUCACAUACAGGCUGGGUUACAUCAUUAAAGUGGUCUCCUACCCAUGAGCAGCAGCUGAUUUCAGGUUCUUUAGAUAACAUUGUCAAACUGUGGGAUACAAGAAGUUGUAAGGCUCCUCUCUAUGAUCUGGCUGCUCAUGAAGACAAAGUUCUGAGUGUAGACUGGACAGACACAGGGUUACUUCUGAGUGGAGGAGCAGACAAUAAACUGUAUUCCUACAGAUAUUCACCUACUACUUCUCAUGUGGGGGCAUGAACAUGAAUGAUAAAUUUGACUACAGAGAUUGUUUCUGUACAUGAAAU